UCAGCUGUACUAUGGAGCUCAAGAUCACGGUGCGGGAAGCCAGCCAAGGCCAGCUGAUGUAAACAAGACAAGGGCCGCCGCUCCUCGUGUCUAGCGGCCUACCAUGACUGUCCUCCGCCGCCUGUGCCGCUCAUGGAGUAUCUUAAGGACGCAGCACACAAGGCGGAGGCUGUCCACGAGGGCCUUCCUCUGUGAUAAAGUAGAUGUCAAGGCAGAGUUCUCUAAUGGGCGCACACUAUGUCUGGAGUCUGGUGGUUAUGCCCGCAUGGCCGAUGGUGCAGCUGUGGCCACUCUUGGGAACACCUCAGUGCUCAUCACAGCUGUCAGCAAGCCUCGGCCUGGCCCCUCUCCCGGGUUCAUGCCCCUCACUGUUGACUACAGGCAGAAGUAUGCAGCAGCUGGACGCAUCCCAUCAAACUACUUGCGUCGGGAGAUGGCACCUACAGACAAGGAGAUCCUCACCGGAAGAGUGAUUGACCGCUCAGUGAGGCCGCUGUUCCCAGAGGGGUUCCAUGGAGACACACAGCUCUCCUGUCAGUUGAUGGCAGUGGAUGGGCUGUAUGAUCCAGAUGUCGUCAGUAUCAAUGCAGCCUCGGCAGCCCUGGCAGUCUCGGACAUCCCAUGGGAGGGGCCAGUGGGGGCAGUGCGUGUUGGACUCAUUGAUGGGGAGGUGAUUGUGCAGCCAACACGCAGGGAACUCACCAAGAGCUCCUUGAAUCUGAUUGUGACAGCAGCUGACCACAAGCUCAUUGUAAUGCUGGAGGGUGGAGGUGACAACGUACUCCAGCAGGAUCUCAUGAAGGCCAUCAAGGUGGGAACGAAGGAGUGCCAGCAUGUGGUGAGGGCAAUACAGCAGCUGGCCAAGGAUGCAGGCAAGCCCAAGCGCUCCUUCACUAACGUCAUAACAGUCCCUCAAGAAGUCCUGCAGGCAGUGAGCGUGCUAAGUGAGACUCGUCUAAGGAGCAUUUUCACCGACUUCUCCCAUGACAAGGUGUCACGCGAUGAGGCCGUCAAUACACUGCGGCAAGAUGUGACCCAGAAGGUGAUGGAGGAAGGUGGCCCUGCAGACCCACACACCACCCACCUGGCCUUCUCGCAGGUCACUCGUAGGGUCUUUAGGGAGUUACUGCUGGACCAGGAAACCAGGUGUGAUGGUCGUACAUUGGAUGAACUGCGGCCCAUCUCCUGCAACGUGGAUUUGUUUCGCCCCCUGCACGGCUCCUCUUUGUUCCAGCGCGGCCAGACCCAGGUGCAGUGUACAGUUGCCUUUGAUGCACCUGAAAACAUGCCCAAGCUGGAUCCUCUACUAGAGGCGACAGGAGGACACCGAGACCGGAACUUCAUCCUUCACUACACAUUCCCUUCCUUCGCGACCAAUGAGGUGUCCCGUGGUGGCCCACUGUCCCGACGGGAGGUGGGUCACGGCGCCCUGGCAGAGAAAGCACUCCGGCCUCUCCUACCACCAAGCUUCCCCUUUGCCAUACUCCUGACAUCCACUGUGCUUGAGUCCAAUGGCUCGUCUUCCAUGGCAUCAGUGUGUGGGGGCAGCCUAGCUCUCAUGGAUGCAGGAGUGAACCUCGUGGCACCAGCAGCAGGAGUUGCAAUUGGACUGGUGACACGCUACGAUAACACUGGCAGUCUGGUGGAUUAUAAACUGAUGACAGACAUCUUGGGCAUUGAGGACUACAUGGGGGACAUGGACUUUAAACUUGCUGGCACUUCUAAGGGCAUCACAGCACUGCAGGCAGACAUGAAGGUAGCUGGUAUUCCCCUCAAGGUGGUGAUGGAGGCAGUACAGAAAUCCACAGAAGCCAAGAGCAUCAUCCUAACCAUCAUGGAAGACACCCUGUCCCAGCCACGCCCCAACAAGGACAUCAUGCCUGUGCUGGAGAAGGUGGAUGUGCCUGCCCACAAGAGGAGUCGGGUGAUGGGUCCCGGAGGCAUCCACAUGAGGAGGAUACAGGCAGAGACAGGAGUGCAGCUGUCAUGGGAGGGGGACAACGUGCUGUCAGUAUUUGCGCCAAACCCUGCAGCGAUGGAGGAAGCCCGAGAGAACCUCCAGGAGCUGCUGAGUGAUCAUGAGCCAAACUUGGAGUUUGGGGGUGUAUACACUGCAUCUGUGGUGGAGCUGCGGCCACAGGGAGUCAUGGUCACCCUCUACUCCACCAUGAACCCUGUCCUGCUCCACAACUCUCAGCUGGACACAAGGAAGGUGCAUCACCCAAGUGCUCUGGGUCUGGAGGUGGGCCAGGAGAUUAAGGUUAAGUAUUUUGGUCGUGACCCGGCAUCAGGACAGAUGAGGCUGUCCAGGCGGGCGCUGCAAGCCUCAAACUUGGCCUUCAAAAACCUUCACAAAACAGAGCCAAUAUGAAGUAGCUGUGUCACUUGUGGGGGCAACUUACUACCUAUGUGUUAAUAUGUUCUUAAGGUUACACUUUCCAUAAGUCAUUAUUAAUAAAUAUUCAACAACAAAUGGUGCUAUUUUGUGAUAUACUAUUAGCAUUAAGUUGCAAUGGAAUCAUUCCACGCCACAUCACAGCCUAUUUUUUUUUUUAUGGGGUUACAAAUUCACUUUAUCUUCUGAAUAAAUGGGCAUUAAAAUUUCAAUAAAUGCUCAAUAAAAAUUAUGUAACAGCAUCAAAAGAAGAAA